UGGCAAACAGAGAUAAGCCAGUUCUCCCUCCUCCCUAUGUUGAUGAGAAAGUGAAUCAGAGGCCAUGCCUAUUUCUUCCUCUUUCACUCUGCCAGGAAAAACGCUCUGUUCCUGACGCGCUGCUGUUUCAGAAGUCAAGAUGCUCCUGUGCUGUUGUUUGGUUCUCGUGGCUCUCGUCCCCACAACCCUGAGCGUCAACCCUGGGGUAGAGGCCAGGCUGACAGGAAAAGGCCUCGAAUAUGGAAGACAAGUGGGUAUGGUCAUCGUGCAGCAGAAGCUCAAAUCCAUCAAAAUUCCAGACAUAUCCGGGGAAGAGAAGCUUGACCAUCAUCUUGGCAAGGUCAAGUACACUUUGUCAGGUAUCCAAAUACUGAACGUGGGACUUCCACAGUCUGCAGUGAACCUGGUGCAGGGGACCGGAGUCAGACUGUCUAUUAGCAACGCUUUCAUCAGCAUGCAUGGAAACUGGAGAGUCAAGUACAGGCGAGUAUUCAGGGACAGCGGCUCCUUUGAUCUAAGUGUGAACGGACUCACCGUCGCCACAACCAUCGGCAUCAUGAGCGACGAGACGGGCCGACCGGCGGUCAGAAGCCUCAACUGUGGCGCCACUGUAGGCGGCGUCAACAUCAAGUUCCACGGUGGAGCCAGCUGGCUGUACAAUCUCUUCAGAAAGUUCAUUGAGAAGAGUUUGCGCAACGCACUGCAGAAACAGAUCUGCCGUCUGGUGGACGAAGCAGUGGCCGACUUAAACCCCCGGCUGAAAACUCUCAAUGUCUUAGCCAAGGUGGACCAGUAUGCAGAGAUCGAGUACUCUAUGGUGUCGCCGCCAGUCGUUUCAAAGUCUUCUAUAGAUCUGGGCUUAAAGGGUGAAUUUUACAACAUCGGGAAGCAUCAGGAGCCUCCGUUCUCCCCUGCACCCUUUUCCCUGCCGCUGCAGACCAGCAACAUGUUGUACAUCGGCCUGUCUGCCUUCACCGCCAACUCAGCAGCAUUUGUCUACAACACAGCCGGAGCCCUCAGCAUGUACAUCACAGACGACAUGAUCCCGCAAAGCUCUCCCCUGCGACUCAACACCAAGACAUUUGGAAACUUCAUCCCACAGAUUGCCAAGAGAUUCCCAGGUCUGAUGAUGAAGCUGCUGGUGAAGACAGUGAAGACUCCCGUCAUCACUUUUACACCUGACAAUGUGACAGUCCAGACCACCACCACAGUGACGGCCUACGCUAUCCAACCCAACGCCACGCUGUCCCCUCUUUUUGUCCUAAACUUGGACAGCAGUGUCAGCGCCAAGAUGACUGUCAGUGAAAUGCAGCUGGCUGGACGUGUAACACUCAACAAGAUAAAUCUGAGCCUGGUUACCAGUUAUGUAGGAGACUUUCAGGUCGGUAUCCUCAGUGGCAUCUUCAAAGUGGUCGUCAAUUUCGUAGUGAUACCCAGAGUGAAUGUUGAACUUGCUAAGGGAUACCCACUUCCUACCAUUGGGAAGAUGAAGCUUGUGAACCCCCAGCUGAAGGUCUUGAAGGACUACAUGCUGAUCGGGACAGAUGUUCAGUUCACAAAUUGAACGGCAUUCCUGAAAACUCCCCGGAUUCGUCUCUGCACUGGGACAGAAGCUGCAGUGACUAAAUGAAUAUUACUUACAUCUGCAGUAUGCCUUUAGUUUUUUUUGUUUUUCUUUAAAAUAAAUUGUGCAUUUCUAUAAACACAUAGAUUUUCUUUGUGUGUCUGUGUUUGUGAUGGAGUGUGUUAUUUCUUGUGACCUUUGCUUUCUGUACUCCAGGCUCAAAGCUGAAAAAAAUGGUGCUUGUAAAUUAAAUUUUGAUCUAGAAAAA